GUAAGUCCGAUGUUUGUGCCAAAAAUAUUAAUAAAUAUGGCUGCAGGUCACUUAACGAUGAAGGACCAAAUCACGCAGUAUCUACAGCAUGUACAACUGGGGCACAUGCUAUCGGCGACGCAAGUAGAUUUAUUCAAUUCGGAGAUGCAGAUGUUAUGAUUGCCGGUGGAUCAGAAGCUAGCAUAUUACCUUUAGCUAUGGCAGGAUUUGCGAAAGCAAAAUCAUUAGUAACCAAGUAUAAUGACAGGCCGGAAGAGGCUUCAAGACCAUUUGAUCGAGAUCGAGAUGGAUUUGUCAUCAGUGAAGGUGCUGGAGUCGUUGUACUCGAGGAAUAUAAUCAUGCAAAAAACAGAGGUGCACACAUGUAUGCUGAAAUUCGAGGUUAUGGAUUAUCAGGUGAUGCAUAUCAUAUGACAGCUCCGUUAGAAAAUGGAGCUGGCGCGGAAUUAGCUAUGCGAAGGGCAUUAAAUAAUGCUAAAUUAUCUCCAAGGGAUAUUGAUUAUAUUAAUGCCCAUGCUACAUCAACCUUAUUAGGAGAUGUUGCUGAAAAUCGAGCAAUCAAGUCAAUUUUUGAAGCUUCAGGAUCACCUCAUAAGUUAGCGGUAUCAUCGGUCAAGGGAUCCAUAGGUCAUUUAUUAGGAGCUGCUGGUGCCGUUGAAGCCAUAUUUACUAUUUUGGCAUUAUACCAUGAUAUUCUUCCACCAACUCUAAAUCUUCACAAUCCUGGUGAUCCAGCAUCAGAUUUUUUAUCUUUUAAUUACGUCCCAUUGAAUGCGCAGCAACAUCCUGGAAUCAGAGCUGCAUUGACCAACUCAUUUGGAUUUGGAGGGACUAAUGCGUCUUUAUGUUUUACAAAAUGUGAAUAG